CAGUAUGCACCACAUAUCCGACUAUUGUAACUGCCUCCUCAUUGGCCGACCUAAUCGCAGACUGUCCCCUCUUCAAAUCAUCCACCUUACUAACCGUUCCAUAUCUGCCACCGCUCUCUGCCAUUCCCUCCACUGUCCUCCACUCAGUGUCCUCCAUCCUUCUCUGCCAAUCCCUCCACUGGCCUCCACUCAGUGUCCUCCAUCCUUCUCUGCCAAUCCCUCCACUGGCCUCCAUUCAGUGUCCUCCAUCCUUCUCUGCCAAUCCCUCCACUGGCCUCCAUUCAGUGUCCUUAAUCCUUCUCUGCCAAUCCCUCCACUGGCCUCCACUCAGUGUCCUCCAUCCUUCUCUGCCAAUCCCUCCACUGGCCUCCAUUCAGUGUCCUCCAUCCUUCUCUGCCAAUCCCUCCACUGGCCUCCAUUCAGUGUCCUUAAUCCUUCUCUGCCAAUCCCUCCACUGGCCUCCACUCAGUGUCCUCCAUCCCUCUCUGCCAAUCCCUCCACUGGCCUCCACUCAGUGUCCUCCAUCCCUCUCUGCCAAUCCCUCCACUGGCCUCCUCUCAUGUCCUCUACCCCUCUCUGCCAAUCCCUCCACUGGCCUCCACUCAGUGUCCUCCAUCCCUCUCUGCCAAUCCCUCCACUGGCCACCACUCGGUGUCCUCCACCCCUCUCUGCCAAUCCCUCUCCUGGCCUCCAUUCAGUGUCCUCCACCCCUCUCUGCCAAUCCCUUCACUGGCCUCCACUCAGUGUC